AAAUAAAAAAUAUAAAAGACGAUGAAAAGUAGCAUUAUUUAAGGAAAUAAAUGAUAAAUAUAUUCAAAAGUGUUAGGAGCAACCCACCUUAUAGCAAAUUAAGAAGUACUGAUUUAAUAAGAAAAACAAUGACUACAACUAGCGAUUGCGACAACAAUGUUUAUAGACCUAGAUAUUUUGAUAUUGGUGUCAAUUUGACAGAUAAAAUGUUCAAAGGACGUUACAAUGACAGGCAUCAUCACAGCAGUGAUUUGGAUGAGGUUAUAUAUCGUGCAAAGCUAUUCAAUGUCAACAAGAUGCUAGUCACUGGGUCUUCAUUCAAGGAGAGCAAACACUGUAUUGAUAUCUGCUCUAGAUAUACAAAUUUAUACUCAACAGUUGGUGUUCAUCCAUGUUCUGUCACAGAGUUUGUCCAAGAUGGAGUGGAUCCAGAUAAGCAUUUGCAAGAGAUUAAAGAACUAUGCAUGGAGGGUAAAAAAAAGGGGAUUGUAAAAGCAUUUGGAGAGAUAGGAUUGGAUUAUGACAGAUUAUUUUUCUCAUCUAAAGAACUUCAACAAGAGUAUUUCAAGAAACAAUUGGAGAUAUCAAUUGAGCUAGAAUUGCCAUUGUUUUUGCAUCUGAGAGCAUCUACAGAUGAUUUCAUUCAAAUAAUUAAACCAUAUCUAAGUAGGAUGAAGAAAAAUGGAGUGAUACAUUCAUUUACUGGUACAGAAGAAGAAUUGAACAAAUUUUUAGAAUUGGGAUUUUAUGUUAGUGUUAAUGGAUGUUCAUUUAAAACCGAUGAAAAUUUAAAAGUUGCCUCGAAGAUUCCAUUGGACAAAUUGUUGAUUGAGACAGAUGCACCAUGGUGUGAAAUUAAAAGAACACAUCCUAGUUAUAAAUAUUUAACUCAAUAUCCAAAUUUUUAUUAUCCUAAAGUGAAAAUAAUAGAAGAAGAGAUUAAGAAUCUGGCUAACAAUAAUAAUAAUAAUAAUAAAAUUAAAACUAAAGGUAGAAAUAAAGAACCAAAAAUUAAUUAUCAUGAAUUUUUGCCAUUUCCAAAUAUCAAAAAGGAACACUACAAUAAAUUUUUCAAUUCAGAUAAUUUUGACAAUAACUCUAAUUUUAUAGAUGAGUUUAAGUUUAAAUUACCUCUUAUCAAAUCGAGAAAUGAGCCUGUUUGUAUCGGAUUUGUUGCAGAAGUUAUGAGUAAACUUAAGGAUGUUGAGCCUAAGGAAUUGAUUGAAACUUGUUACUUAAAUAGUUGUAAGUUGUUUGAACUAGAGGAAAAUGAUAAUUAAAUAGAUCAAGAUGUAUAGGGUUUUCUUACGUUUCAAAGGAAU